GAUAAUAAUACCUUUCUUAUUUACUUGCGGGUUUCUGGGUUAUUUUACACUUGCGUUUUUUAUUCAGACUCUCAUUCUACGAUAUCGAUACCCCAAUUUUCCCGCGAAACAAGAAGAAAAUGUUCAAGAACACAUUCCAGUCUGGAUUUCUCUCCAUAUUAUACAGCCUUGGGAGCAAACCUUUGCAGAUAUGGGACAAAGAAGUUGUGGAUGGUCAUAUUAAGCGACCACAAGAUGAAGACAUACAAUCCAAUGUACUGGAAAUAAUUGGAUCGAAUAUUCAGUCAACAUACAUUACGUGCCCGGCUGACCCUGCUGCUACACUUGGUAUAAAACUUCCAUUCUUGGUUAUCAUUGUCAAGAAUCUAAAGAAGUUCUUCACAUUUGAGAUUCAUGUUCUGGAUGAUAAGAACGUCAGACGACGAUUUCGUGCUUCUAAUUUCCAAGGUGUCACUCGAGUAAAGCCCUACAUUUGCACUAUGCCACUGAAAUUGGAUGAGGGUUGGAAUCAAAUCCAGUUCAACCUGGCCGAUUUUACCAAACGAGCAUAUGGUACCAAUUAUGUGGAAACACUGCGAGUUCAGGUCCAUGCAAAUUGUCGCCUGAGAAGGAUAUACUUUGCUGAUCGUCUGUACUCUGAAGAGGAACUCCCACCAGAGUUCAAAUUGUACCUUCCAAUGCAGAAACCAUGAGACUGUCAUGGGAGGAUGGAAUUGAAGCCACAAGAUGGUCGGAUGUUAUGCGUAGUUCUGCAUCGACUUCAUUGCGCUAAAUUUUUAACUCUCUUAUGCCAGAAGAAGUUUUUGCAACUGCUCUUUUUCCUUUCAGUCAGAUUAAGUUGUAGGAUGUUGUGAUGCGUUUAUGUAAUAUUUAGCUCAAUUUUAUUGGUGCUCUGUGCUUUUAUUUUUAUUAUGACUUACCAAAGAAAGAGGGUCGAUAUGUUUUGAAUGCCAGAGAAAAUAGGUGCUUGAUUCCUGGUUAUAGUGUUGUACUAUGUGGAUUAAGGACCCAUUUAUUAUGGAUUUAUAAAUGGUAAGAAAUAGUUUUUGUUAGAAUUA